AUGUCUAUGUCAAUUCAAGACGCCGGCCAGGUCCGAGAUGGAUUCCCCCGCCCAUUCCCCAACACCCCUUCCAAUGUUUUGGAUCAGCUUCGCAUGGCUGGCAAGGUGGUAGUUGUCACUGGUGCAGCUGAUGGAAUCGGCCUAGCUGUGACGGAGGCUAUGGCCGAGGCCGGUGCUAACGUUGUCUUGUGGUAUAACUCAAACACAGCUGCUGUUGAUAAGUCCCAGGAUCUGGCAGAGACUCACAACGUGAAGAGUGCUGCUUAUCAAGUUGAUGUUUCCGAGUCCGAUCAAGUUUCCGAGACGAUUAAAAAGGUUGUUGAACAGUUUGGCAAAAUUGAUGUAUUUGUUGCCAAUGCAGGCAUGGCUAUUUCAAAGCCCAUCCUGGAACAGACAUUGCCAGAGUAUAAGAAACAGAUGUCCGUCAAUGUGGAUGGAAUUGUUUACUGCUCCAAGUAUGUUGGCGAGGUAUUCCACCGCCAGGGCUUCGGAAAUCUCAUCAUCACCUCAAGCAUGAGCGGCCACGUCGUUAAUGUUCCCGCCGACCAGCCAGUCUAUAAUGCCACGAAAGCAUAUGUGACUCACUUUGGAAAAUCACUUGCUCGCGAGUGGCGGGAGUUCGCUCGCGUUAACAUCGUCUCCCCAGGCUUCUUCGAUACUAAGAUGGGCGCUAGUCCUCUGUGCAUCAAUGAGGCAUACCGCAUGUCGCCUAUGGGACGCCAGGGACACACGAAGGAAAUUAAGGGACUUUAUCUUUACCUUGCUAGUGAUGCUUCUACCUACAUGACUGGAAGUGAUGUUCUUAUUGACGGAGGCUAUGUUUUGCCUUGA